AUGACAUCGAAAACGCCCACUCCGAUUGCCUUGCAAAUAAAAACUCUGCAUCAGACGAAGAUGGGCUUCCUGCUGGCGGAUAAAGUGUCACUGGAAGUCGAGGAUAACAUGUACAUGUUGAAACUGAGCGAUGCGACUAUAAGGGUGAAGGUGCCCCCAAAAUGCAUAGAUCAAAUUCGUGUUGUCAUCCAGCAAUUUCGUGUGUAUCAACGUACCGCAAGAGAGAUAAUGAAACUUCCGAAGGCUGAUAGAGUGGACGAAACUCUCCAAUUCUACCUAUCUUUGGUUUCCUAUUUCAAAGAUGUUAUCGUAGCCUUUCAUCGUGAGGCGAAGGAUGACGCGUCCAGCUCGACCUCCAAGUGGCGUUCAGCACAUCUAGAUUAUCACUUUGCACUAGCGUUGCAUGACAGCUCAUUCACAGAAGAAACUCAGGCGACAGCUCUGAAAGCAAUGAAGCGAACUUGGACUCACUUUUGGGAGAAGAAAGCGUUCAAAGAUGUUCAGCAACUGACAGCUAAACGAAUGCAUGAUUCGUUCUGUUCUGGCGGUGACGAUAUGUGUGGGGGGUCGUUCCAACACAUCCUUUCCGACGACGAUUCAAUGUCCGUCGUGAUUAAGAAACUCACCGGUGAUGGAUCUGUGCAGCCGAAGAACAAUGAAAGUGAACGAGUGGCGGGUUCGAUGGACUCACAAGAUGACCCAAUUACCACCAAGAAACGUUCGACAAUUUCGGAGACAUCAUCUCAGAUCGUGGUCGAUGAUGCAGUAACCGAGCUUAGUUCUUCAUCACGGAUGACAAGGUCGAAGUCGAUUGCUAGCAAGAAAAUAUCAUCUCAGAUUUCCGCAAAUGACAGUCUCAGUGCUUCGUCACUACAGAAAAGGUCGAUGUCGACAUCAAGCAAGCAGGCAUUAUCACAGAUUGAUGCAGACGCCGGUGACAGUGCUUCGUCACAACAGAAAACUUCUAAGUCUUCCUCCAACAAGGUUAAACAAGGCGGACGUCAGCAGAAAUCCGUGGCAGUUAAAGGAGGCAAACAUACGAAGUUGCAGAGCCCUACUGAUGAGAUAGCAUCCAUGUUUGAAAGUAAUGCGAAUUCGAAGAGGACACAGAAGGACAAAAAGCAAACGCGCAAGACACGGUCCAGCAAGGCUUUGGGGAAGCAGAAAGCGGCCUCUCCGCCUAUGGUAGAGUCUGAGGAUCAUGGUGAGGAGGCAUCAGCGGUCUAUCCGUCUGUGGAACCUGAAGUGGAAGAGGACAAUGACAUGGAUUGGAAAGAAUCAGCUGCAGAUGUGCAUCAAUAUGACGAGGUCUUGCUUCCAAGCGUCCAAGAUGGGUGGAAAGAGUGGACGAAAAUUUUAUUUGAGGACGGGAACUCGCAUAUAUUUUUGAGGCUGGCGACGUGGAUGCUAAUUCGCUUUCGUCAGCUUACUAAUAUAGACAUGAAUGCUCCGAUCGAUGGCAUCGUCAUUCCACAAAAUCCGAGGUUGAUGGAUGAUGUUGGAGAUGAUCAUUUCUUCGAGGCUCUUGGGUUGGAGCGAUUGUACUCUGCAAUUGUACACAUGGAGACAAGUCCUCGGUACAUGUCUCAUAUCUUUCACGCUCUGGGAAAGGUAUUGGCGAGCUCUGACGUCAGUGCGAGUAACCCACGCUUAAUCCCAUGCAACUCCCCACCAACCGUAGAAGCAAGGAUGAUGUCUGACUUGGACAUUCCAUGGUUAACACUCAAGGAUCAUGACGCAAUUCCAGUGUCAGCUGCAUUAAAUGAUCCCACUGAUGAAGAUGCAGACGGAUCAUUGGAAGGAGAUGAUGUCGAUGUCCGGGAGGCGUUAGACUCUAUGGUCAUUGAUGAAGUCUCAGCGUCCGUCACACCUAGAACAGCCAUCAGUGACUCGUUAUUUGCAAAGAGAAAGCGAACUUUAUCUCAAGCGUCGCCACCAAAGAAUGACGGUGGCCGAGGUCCACCGAAGCGUCGCAAGGAUGGUUGGCCACAUACCGUCCGAUCAAUAUCGCCCAUCGCGUCUGUUACAGACAUUCAAGAAUCAGGAUUGAUCUCGUCUCCUUUGGUUCCUACAUUGCCUUUGAGUGCGAACUCCGGUAGUCCAAUACAUGAUACAUCUGUGCUUUUAGACGCAUGGGACGAGGAAAUGGCCAACGACAUUCAGGAUUUAGG